CCUUCCCUCCACUACCUCCAGCUAGCCCACAACUCGCAUCCUAUCGUCUGCACGCAGGCUACAAGACAUCUCCCACCGCAGAUUCACGCUUCCGCUGGCUCACCAUGUCGCUGCUGCGCAAGGCCCAGCAGCAGAUCGCGCACACAUCCACCUUGCCCUCGCUCGGCAACCGCGACCUGCGCUCGCUGCAAGAUGUGAUCAACAACGAGAAGGACUGGACGAAGAGCGGCAACCGUGCUGCACAGGACUGGCAGAAGAGCGCAGAGAGCCUCAAGGCGUGGGGCGAGGGCGAGGGCGAGGACCUGGCGGACAUCACCUCGAAGCUGUCGCUGCUGCUCUCGCACUGCAACUCGGCACACACUCGCCUUGCCUCGCACAUCGCCACGACAAGGCUGCACUUCAAGGCCAUCCGCACGCGCGAAGAGUCCUUUGCCGCCAUGCGCUCGUCCAAGGCCCGGCUAGCCUCGCGCAUCGAGGCGCUCGAGAAGAAGCUCGCCAAGAUGGGGCCGGAGAACAAGGAGCUGAUGAAGACGACUGCCGAUCUCAAGGAGCGGCGGGCCGAGAUGGAGACGCUGACGCGCGAAGUGCGGGAGGAGGAGGCGGCAAUCGGUGACUUCAAGCGGCGCACACUGAAGGAGGCGAGCGGCAUCAAGCUGGGAGGCCUCUUGGAGUACGCAGAGAAGCUCACAAUCGUCUCUGAGAUCGGCAAGCUGAUCAUCGAGGAGAUCCCCGAGGUAGUGACGCAGCCUGGCAUGCACCGGCCUGCGUACUCCGGCGGCGCAAAGACCGAGCAGCUGCUCGCGGAGGCGACGCGCUGUCUCGCCGACGUCGGCUUCACACCCGGGCCCGGCCACACAGCGCACACGGCACGCGCUCAUCUUGCUGAGCAGAGCUACGACCAGGGCGCAGCGCCGUACGAGCCCAAUCAAGGCUCAGCGUCAUACGAGCCCACUGCGAGCGAACAGGUGGACCCCAUGGUCAACCCCUACGUAACGGGCGAUGCGGCCGACACGCCCAUCUACGCCACGCACGCGACGCUCUCUCCCUCUGGUGCUGCGAGCGGCAACGAGUGGGCCCAGCACGGCAACGCUGGUGUCCCUGCUGCUGUGCACGCCGGGCCGACGUACGGAGCGGAGAUGCUUCCGCAAGACCCGGCGCAGCGGGAAUGGAGCCACGCACAGGAGCAGCAGCGAUCACAGACACCCGUGAGCGAGCGCGUGGGCAACUGGCGCAGCGGCAUGCAUCUUCCGGAUGGCGCAAUCGCAGCGGAGCCGGCCAUUGGGCACGAGAGCUGGCGGCACAGCGCAGUGCCAGCGUCAGACUACCGAGGCUACGAGCCAGACGCACACUAUGCCGCCGGCUCGAUGCAGGCUCCGCAUGACAGCGCACCGGCCCCGCUGCCCGCUGCGCCGCUUGCUGUGCAUGAUCCGAACAGCAGCUACUACGCGCCUGCGCCGCCCGUCCUCCCGCCGAUGCGGGUCUCGACGCCGCCCGUCGCUCUGCCAGGCUCCGUCCCUGGCACUCCCGGCGGGUCCUCAACGCAGCACCACAUGCCCAUGCCGGGAGAGUUUGCGCCUCCCGCACUGCCGCCGGUGCGCACCUCGAGUCCCUUUGGCGCCGGACGCACGGGCUACGAGCCUGCAGAGGGAGGCCGCAAGGUCUCGGCCGCCGCGUUCCGCAAGGGCUUCGCGCGCGCUCCUUCGGCGCAGACUGGCAUGGCCACGCCGCCCAUCAGUGGCCCCUCGCACGACGCAGGGGCCACGUCGUACAUGACCUCCCAGCACGCCAACACGGACGGCGACGACGAGCCCCCGAGCAUCGCGCCCCUCGCCAUCCGCAAGCGCAUGAGCUCUGGCGCCGGUCUCGUUGCCGACCCCGCGCCGCCGUACUCGGGCGACGCCGCCGAGGGCACUUCGAGCUACCAUCACUGAUCCGCCGCGAUGCGCCCGUUUCAGCUCCUCGCAUCGCCUCCGCGUCCCGACCCAUGAUAUCUUAUGUGCCCCUCGCUCGCGCAAUCCAGGUGCUCACUACCGCG